GCGACAUCGACGGUGAACGAAAGGCGAAGGCGCGGAAAAGCGCGUGAAAAUUCGAAUAAAAAGUUGAGGGAAAUGUGAGGCCCAAAUACGUGAGGCGCGACAUUUUCCGGACUAUAGUGUGUGUGUGUGUGUGCAUGUGCGUGUGUUUCUGUGACUCGAGGCUAGAGAGUAUUAAGCUAAUAGAAAGGUGUGUGAAAAACAGAAUUCAAAACAAACAUAUAUUGCCGUAGAUCAAAGCUCGAAAAGCCAAGUGCGAAUUGAUAGGACAAAGUCAAGACUGAUAAAGUGAAAGAAAAAAGAAUCGAAGGAGAAUUUGAAGCAGAGUGCAAAGGUUGUAGCUGCAGCACUAAAAAGAGACCACAAACCGAGUGGGUCAUCGCAAGAUGUUGACCCUGUGGACGGCACUUUUCUGCUGCCUGACGGGGCUGGCCGUGUGCUACCAGCGGCAAUCUGUAAGCAACAACAAUCACAAUAACGCCGAGGCGAAGCCCACCCAUGCGCCCCCCUCGCAUUAUCCUCAUGGCCACAAGUGGAACGAGCCGUACUUUGAUCUCACGAUGCCCAGGAACAUCACUUCGCUGGUGGGCAAAUCCGCAUAUCUGGGCUGUCGUGUCAAGCAUCUUGGCAAUAAGACGGUUGCCUGGAUACGACAUCGUGACCUGCACAUCCUCACCGUGGGCACCUACACCUACACGACGGAUCAGCGGUUCCAGACCUCCUACCAUCGGGACAUCGACGAGUGGACCCUGCAGAUCAAGUGGGCCCAGCAGAGGGACGCCGGCGUCUACGAGUGCCAAAUAUCCACGCAGCCCGUGCGCAGCUACUCCGUCAACCUGAACAUCGUGGACCUGAUAGACGCCGAGACCAGCGAUAUGAUGCAGCAGUAUUAUAACGAUGACGCCUUCUAUAUAGCCGAGAAUCGGGUGUACCAGUCCAGUAACGACGAGUUCGCCGGCAUGUUUGGACCCAUCCAGACAGUUGCGGUGCCCACGGCCACCAUUCUGGGAGGACCCGAUCUGUAUGUGGACAAGGGCAGCACCAUAAAUCUCACUUGCAUCAUCAAGUUCAGCCCGGAGCCACCGACCCAUAUCUUCUGGUAUCAUCAGGAUAAGGUGCUCAGCGAGGAAACUUCGGGCGGCCGGCUGAAAUUCAAGACCAUCAAAUCGGAGGAGACCAAAUCCAUUUUGCUCAUUUACGAUGCGGAUCUCCUGCACUCCGGCAAAUACUCGUGCUAUCCUUCGAACACGGAGAUAGCCAGCAUACGCGUCCACGUCCUUCAGGGCGAGCGACCCGAGGCGAUGCAAACGAACGCGGCACCGGCCGCCGUUGCCCUGGCCUGUUGGUCCUGUCACUUUGGCCAGGCCACGCAGGCGGUCAGGGUAAUUAGCACAAUGGUGGCGGCACUUGUAUUGUUGGAGGCCUGCUCCUCGCUGCUGCUGCAGGGUGGUGGCGCAGGUGGAGGAGGUGGAUGUCCUGGAGGAGGAUCGCCCGCAGGAGGAGUGCCCACUCGAGUCAGGGAGAUACGGGAGAAACCGCUCACAAGUUCCCUGCUUGACCCCAAGGUACCCUCGACGACGUCCGCGGAGCGUGUCAAUAAUGGCAGCCGGAAUGCACGGUGAUAAAUUAAUGUCGCCCAGUUGGAAUUCCACCGCCAAUGCAGCCCCCGAGUGCAGCUGAAAUGAUUUAUACUCGAAGUUACAGGAGCAUCGGGAGCAGAAGCAGGAGCAGCAGCAUCUGAGGUCCUUCCACUCCAGCUGCAUGUAAUACCUAUCUGAAAAACCAACUAAUUAUGCUAAUGAUGGAAGGAGCCACGACGCUGGUCCUGGAGCGGCUCCUCCUGCUCCUUGGCAAGUUGUAAGUAAGCGUGUUUCUAAUUAAGUGGGCUGGGGAUUAGUUAGUUAGGCGGAAAUCGGAGCCAUGUACAUAAACUUCUCACGUAAAUUGCCAGCACACUAGCGAAACUAGCUAAAUGGAAAGCAUUUCGAACGAAUCAUCAAAUUAGAGAACUAUAUUCAAGUGGUUUGCUUGUAGAGCCAUGGCUAGAAGUUUAAAUAAAUAAUACAGAAAAUGGAGAACAGGGGUGUUUUGGAGCUAGUAGAGAUUUAAAAACAGUCAUUAAAGUGUCUAUGACCUAAGGUACCGCAUAAUUUGUUCUGUAGCUAUAAGGCAAAAGAAACGUAAUUUGUAUAUAGUGUAGCACUUGACUACUGUUUUUGAAUAUCUUCGGAUUUCUGAAGGACCCCCAUUUGUAACUUAAGUAUAUACAUACGUAGCGAAAGUUUACUCAGAUCGUUGUAAAUACUAUUGGGAUUCGUUCUGGAUUUAUCUGUGUGUUGCCCUUGGGUUACCCUGUAUAGCCUAGAGUUUAAGCAAUGUACAUACUUAGAGAUACAAAGUAGCUAACUGAUUCGACACGAACUUCUUCGAAGGUUCCUAAACUAAUUUUUUAACAACUUUACAUGUCCCAUGGCCUCCCUCAAUAAUCUAUGGGAACUCGGAGAAUGCAUGAGAAAUUCCUGCCAAAAACCCGCUUCAGUUUAAAGUGCGACUUUCCGGGCUGGCAAUUUAUUUAGAAGAAUUUCGAAUUUCUCCAAGUCAUGUGGGCAGUUCCUGUUCCCAUUUACCGUUUACCAACUCCAAGCAAUUGCUGCGAGUUCAUUGCUCUCCGAGUCCGGGGAAAUUUAGAGCCACCCAGCUCGGCAUGUCCGGUUGCAUUUAUAUGGCCUCCCACCGGAAAAAAGGGGCAAAAGACGAGGACGAAGACACAACUGGCAAGUCACUUUUCACUCUUGUCAACAAAAUAUUUGCAUUUCCAUUUCGGUCCGAGGCCGUCGAAUGUGUUCACGUUGGGUUCGGGUUCGUCUUGAAGGACUUUGGCCGGGAAACCGGGCUCGUCUUCCUGUGUCACAUUUAAAAAUGUAUGGGUUCCACGGCCGGUAAAUGGGGCCGAGUUUAACUGAUCAAAAUUGUAAAUAAACCUGCAUAUAUACCAUAUGAAUAAACUAUAAAUUGUACUCAAGUAUUCGUGUGGUAGUCAUACAUUACAUAUACGAAAACACAAACAUAAGAAUGCACAGUGCUCGCAAAUCGGACAUGAAUAUAUAUAUAGAUAUGGAUUUAUAUACGUAUAUGGAUGUAUCGAUAUUAAAAAUGUAAACCCAACGCAUGCAAAAUUAGUCGCGACAUGUAAAUGAAUGUUUAAUGGGUAAAUUAAUGUUGCCAUAAAAGGGACAGGAAAAAACCAUGAAUAUAAUUGCAAUUAAGCAAAUAAAAUGAAAUAUAUGUUAUAAGCAUAAUAAGGGGAAAAAUAGCGAGUAUUAUAACAGAAGCCGAAAAGCAGAAAGCGGAAACAAAAACAAACUCUGUUGACUUUUGUUGCAAACAAAAUGGCAACGCAUUAUAAAGAUUAUGAAAUUGUUUUUAAUUUUUAAGCGAGUAGCCACGUAAACAUGAAAAUCGGAAUGAAAAAUUUCAAUAAAGUUUUUUUAGUUAUUACCA